GAACACAAUGCGUGCCGGGUUUGUCUAUUACGCAAGCAGCUAACGAAACUACCGACGCCAUCUAUUUAAUAUUUCUAAACUUGGAUUCAAUCCUAUAAGCGGAUUGUAUUAAAUAAUGUAUCGUAUCUAUGCGUUUCUGCAACAGACCGUGCGUAUUUGGAACUUGAGUCGUCUGGCAUUCGAGACGUGUGCACUGGUCGCCUUACCCAUUAGGCUAUUGCCGCUUCUAGAAAUACACGUCUCGCCCUGUGGACGAACAAGACUGAUGGUGCAUGUUAGCAUUAUUUAAACAGAUGCUGUUCAAGCUCUCGACUGAAUUGAACCAUUAUAGUAUAAGCUAGUAUAAGCCAAACAACAAUUAUCUUUUUGUCUUUUUUAUCACAGAGCGUUCAUGUCGCGACUCCGUUCACAUUGUUUGGGAACUUAUAAAUCAUAUUUUAUUUAAUUUAACUGAAAGGAUUGUAGUUAAGUUCAUAUACUGCGCGAGUGAAAGUGAUUAGUAUAUCGCGCUAGUCACGUAAGGACAACACAUAAGCACACGUCCAAUGCUUACGUCAAUAUUCAGUUUGGAAGUACGUGCUACGAGAUGAGGGUCACACCUUUUGUGAAGCAGUGCUUUGCGGUAUCGAGUGUCGUCCUGAACAUGAUGUCGUAUGGCCUUGUGGCCGGAUUCAACGCUUCCCUGUUCUCUGAACUCAGGAGGACCCGAGAGAUACCUCUGGACAUACAUUCAGAGUCUUGGUUGGCAUCUUUGAUCGGAUUAACGCUUUUUGGGGGCUCUGUGAUUAGUUCACUAGUGAUGGAAGCCAUUGGACGGAGACCAGCUAUUCUAGCGAGUUCAGUUUUUAUGAUUUGCGGGUGGAUAUUGCUCAGUCUAGCUUCAUCCUUUCCUGUCUUGUUAACGGCGAAAAUUUGUCAUGGAAUAUCCUUUGGAUUAGGUACUAUAGGAACUAUUUUAAUAGCAGAAUACAGCAGCCCCAGACAUAGGGGAUCUUUUAUAGCAACUUCACCAACUGCUAUAUUAUUCGGUAUAUUAAUUGCACAUUCUCUUGGAAUGUUUUAUAGUUGGCAUGGAUUAUCUAGAAUCCUACUCUUUUUCUCUUUACCUGGUUUAAUUGCAGCUAUAUUUUCGCCAGAAUCACCGAGCUUUCUGGUAACUAAGGGACGUUACGAUGAAUGCAGGAAAGUUUUCCGCUGGUUGAGGGGAACAGAUGAGAAUGACGAACUCGAAACAAUGAUUAAAACUCAUAUGGUACUUAAAGCAAAUAAGCAAAGGCAGAGAAUUAAAGUAUUAACAUUAAUCAAGAACAAAGCGACAUGCAUCGUGACAGCUUUUAAAAAGAGAGAAGUUCGAAUUCCAAUAAUUAUUUCGAUGCACUUGAUGGCUAUAAAUCAGUUCUGCGGGUCUACGGUUAACGACAUGUAUGCUCUAGACGUCCACACCGCGUUGUACGGAACUAAUGUCUACAUGUUCAAAGUAAUGACGUCACUAGAUGUGCUAAGACUCACUGCGGCUCUGUCAGCAGUUUAUAUAACAAAAAAAUUAGGGCGGCGUUCCAUGCUGCUAAUAUUUGUGUCCUUGAAUAUAUUCGUCAACCUGUGCCUAGCUGGACACAUUUUUGCAAGACAACGUGAUCUUCUACCUGCUUCACAUAUGGUAAUAGGUGUCAUUCUGCAUCAUUUUCAAUGCUUCAUUAUGGGGACUGGAUCCAUACCCUUGAUAUUUGUAAUUGCUGGUGAAAUAUUCCCUUUGGAAUAUAGGGGUUUAUGUUGGAUGGUGUCAAGUAUAUUCAGCUCCACUUUCAUGUUCGUGAACAUCAAAUCAGCUCCGUAUCUGUUCUCGUUGUUCGGCGUUGACGGGACGUUAUGUUUUUAUGCUUUGAUUCUUGCCUAUAGUCUAGUUGUCACUCGUAUUUAUUUACCGGAGACUAAAGACAAAACUCUUCAGGAAGUCGAAGAUGAAAUUAGGGGAUUCGCUCUCCUCAGUCACGAAGAAGCGUUUGAGUUGAAGAGUGAUAAAGCGGAUGGGGAAGAUUAAGAAUUUUAAAACAAUGUGUUUCAGAAAGGCAGGGUAAACGUCUUUUAUGCUAAUUGUCAGAAAUCAGAUUUUGUUAGAUUUUCUACAUUAAAGCUGACGCAAUAUGUACGGGCUCAGCAUCCGUUCCUUAAAUAUUGACUGUUUAGCGGUGUCUGGUAGAAAUAACGGACUUAACUCCCCUAUCCUUAAGUUCGGAGUUCUAAGCUUUUGGGACAGUUACGAAAUGAAAUUUUACAAAAUUUCAGACUAUACUUUUAAACAUAAAAUAAUAUGCCAAAUAAAAAGAAUGAUCACACUUUUCAUUUGAACUAUAUAAUUUUCACUGUUUUAUGUGGCAGUGAAACUUUUCUUCAAUGUGAUGAAUAACAUUUUCAGAUCUGUAGGAUGGCCGGUCAUCUUUCAAGUUCACCAGUUCGGUAGUUUCCUUUUCAUCACGUAGACCAAGUAGAGGUAAGCUGGCUAUGUGUAGCUUGGUGUAUUCUAAAUUUUCUGUAUUAUCUUGAUGUAUUUUAAUAUUAAGUCUAGGGUAUUAAUUUGACUAUAGGUAUCCAGAAUUAGUAUAUAGGGGUCUUGAAUUUUCUGAUGUGAUAUCUCGUCCAUACAGUAGGGUUUGGGGUAUUUCUUCGUUUUGCGUAUAGAUAAUCCAAUGUUGGGGCUUAAGUUUUAUCUUCUCUAUAAUUGCUAGAAGUAGGAGGGAAGAUUUUACGUUCUCUACGGCAUCAUUAGGUCAGUUGUACAGAGGUCUUAUAUAUAAUAUGUUGUAGCGUGUACGUUGUAGUAUGUUGUAGUAUAACGUGGAGAGCUGAAUUCAUUCAUCACCCAGCAUGGCUAAGUCGAUCGUCUGAUCUUAGGCUCUUCCGCUAAAGGUUAAAGUUAAUUUGGUUUGAUUAUUACGGUUGAGUUUCGAUAUAAUGCAGAUAAGUAUAUCAAUUUCAAAUUGAUGUAAGAUUAUUUUUCAAUUAGAGAUACCUAGUCGUAUUUCUAAGAAGUCAGUCAUUUGAUUUUCUUUAAAAUAGGCUUUUAAUGUUAUCGUUUGCUGUAACUUUACUAAGUGUUUUAAAUUAGAUGUAAAAACGAAAUUUCCUAAUUUAUUAUCCUCGAGUGAACUUAGAAGUUUGCUAGAUAUUAUACAAUAAUUAUAUGGUGCUACUAAUCUACUUAGUGAAAACUAGUCGUCUCUAUUUAUUUAAAUCUAACAUGAAAUGCCUGUAAAAAUGUGAAGAUUUCGAUAGUAUGCAGAUAUUAUGAUGAAAUACAAAAUAUUCGAUUUGUUAACUUUGUGUGAAAUAUGCUAGUAAUAUUGAAAUGUCUAUAAUUAAUUGAUUAGGAUCAGAGGUUUCUAUUCACUUAAGCGUUGAGUUCCUCAUAAUUUGUAUCAAUAUCGUUUCUUUUUUGUUAUCAGGCUGUUGUUAAUUUGUUUUGAUUUUAUUUUCUUAAAUAAUUUAUCAAAUAAUUCUUAAUGGCCAAUGGUCAUCGUAAUUCAGCCUUUCGGUAACGAUUUUAAUCCAUUUUCCGAUUGGAUUUUGGAUUGAUUGGACCAUAGAAAGGGUGAUUUGUUAGUUUUCUAACAAUUACGUUAUUCAUAUCCUUGUUCUUUUAUAUCUAUAAAUUUCUUAUGAUCCAUUUAAUUCUGGAAUUGUUUGUAAUAAGCUUUAAAUUGAUAUGACACAGUAAUCAUUCUUGCGUUAUUUUAUUUACCCGUUUCACGGCCUAAUUCCAAGAUUUUUAUUUAAUUCCUGAAGUCGAUUGGACUUAUAUGAGGUAUACGCGCCUAGGGGAAUUUUAAGGGCCAGGUUGCACCAUCCUGAUUGCUGUCAGGAGGUGCUUGUGAAGUCUGUUUAACAUUCUUUAUUGGAACUUUUGUACUCUGGUUUUUAUUUUAGUUGAAAUCAUGUUGCUAUUAAUAAUAUCAGAAACCUUUGCCCUUUUUUAUUUAAAAAUAUUUAAUUAAUAUUAUUCGUAAUUAAGCGAAUAUCCAAUAAUGUUAAUAGUAUAAUGUUUUAUAAAUAAUAAUAAA